AUGGAGGUGAGGGAUGAUAAGCCAGUGUUUGAGAAGAUGCCUCUGGUGUGGGAAGAGGACAUGCAGAUCAACUCCAAGUUCCUGGAUAGAAAGGCUGCCUUUGAUACUGUGAACCAUCAGAUCCUCCUCUCCACCCUCUCCGAGCUGGGCAUCUCCGGCACGGCUCACUCCUGGAUUGCGUCCUACCUGACCGGUCGCUCCUACCAAGUGGCGAAUCGCAUCUCUGCAUGUCUGGCAGACAUAUCAGUAUGGAUGACGGAUCACCACCUCAAGCUGAACCCUGGCAAGACGGAGCUGCUCUUCCUCCCGGGGAAGGACUGCCCGUUCCAUGAUCUCGCCAUCACGGUUGACAACUCCGUUGUGUCCUCCUCCCAGAGUGCGAAGAGCCUUGGCGUGACCCUGGACAACACCCUGUCGUUCUCCGCUAACAUCAAGGCGGUGACCCGAUCCUGCAGGUUCAUGCUCUACAACAUUCAGAGAGUACGACCCUGCCUUACACAGGAAGCGGCACAGGUCCUAAUCCAGGCACUUGUCAUCUCCCGUCUGGAUUACUGCAACUCGCUGUUGGCUGGCCUCCCUGCAUGUGCCAUUAAACCCCUACAACUCAUCCAGAAUGCCGCAGCCCGUCUGGUGUUCAACCUUCCCAAGUUCUCUCACGUCACCCCCCUCCUCCGCACACUCCACUGGCUUCCAGUUGAAGCUCGCAUCCGUUACAAGACCAUGGUGCUUGCCUUUGGAGCAGCGAGGGGAACGGCACCUCUGUACCUUCGGUCAAAGCAUUAUGGGCCUGGGAGUAGUGAGGCUGUCAGUGUUUUGGGUCUCUGUGUCCCGCUUAUUGGGAGCAUGGUACAGUUGUUGAAUGCCUAG